AUGAGGAAAAGGGAGACUUAGAUUUUAGGGGCAGCAGCAGGUGCUUUUUCUGUUGCAGCACUGGCUUGGUAUAUUUAUAAAAAAAAGUAUAGCAAGCAGACCUAUCAAUAAAAAAUUCAAAAGCUUCUCGAAAAGACCAUCUAUAAUGGUUUUAAUAAAAAGUUAUUUUCAGAAGCAUUUUAGGAAACUUCAAGUGAAAUUAAUACGAAACUUGAGGAAAUUUUUAGUGAUUAAAAGUUUUUAGGUCAAAUUUCUUGUAGUAAUUACAUUAGCAAUAACAAAGUAGGAUUUUAUUGUCUAGAUUGUGAAGGAAAUCCCCUUUUAGACUCAAAUCAAAUGGGAUAAUGUUCAGAUUGCUUUAGCAAAGCUAAUCAUGAAGGGCAUAGAUAUUCCUAAAUAAAUAUUGAUAAAAUUUAAAUAUCCUGCAAAUGCGGAGACAGCAACUUUUUAAAGUCUUAAGCAUAUUGCAAAGACCAUAAGGGAUUAACUGAUGAAUUGGAAAAAGAAAUUAGAAAUCUUUUAGAGCAGAAUACUGAAUUAGUGAAUAACUUUAACAAAUUCUGGAAAGGAGUAUUUUUAUAAUUAUUUUUCAUAAUUGAAAAUGCUAAUAAAAUGAGCAUAGGAAAUUAAGCUGGUUCUAAUAUUGUAUCAAUAAUAGAUUAGCUAUUUUAUGAAGUUGUUAAUUUGAUAAAAAAGAAUAUGUGCUAUGCAAUAUUGUUUUCUGAUUUUUUAACUUCAAAAAUCUAUACACAGAAAGAUUUAAACACAAUAAAGAAACUUUUAAUGCAACAAUAUACAGCUAAUCCUUUGAACUCAUAAAAUGAUGAAAAAAACUUUUUUAAAGCUUAGCAAAAUGCAGCUACAGAGGAUGAAAGUAUUAUAGUAAAUAGGAUGCUCUAUCACAACUGUAAGAAUAAUUAAGACAUCUCAUUCUACAGCACAUCUUAAAGAAUGAGCAGUCUUUGCAAUUGUUCUUAUUUAGAGAAUAUGAUCAGAUUCUCUUCUUAUAUUAUCCCAGGAAUCACAGUAGUUAUUCAAGAUGUUAUAAUUAAUCUGCAAAGAAUCCCCUCAUUCAAAAAAUUCACCAGUGGCAUUCUUAUUAAAAUGCUCCAUUUUGUUGAGAAAAGCUCAAAAUUCUUAUAUGGAAAUAUCACAGAUUACUUCAACCCAUAUCUACUUGUUUAAUAGUUCAGUUAUCCAGUUGAAUACGGAUGCCAGAUGGUGUUGGAUAUGAGUUAGUUUGCAAACAUGUUUACUAUUUUGUGUAAGUACAUUGAAGGAAUUAUAUUGCAAUAAGAUUAAUCUUAGGUAGAGCAAGUAAAGCAAAUUUUUCAAAGUCUUAAAUCUCUUACUUUGUAGAGUGAAGUUAAUUUCUUAAUACUGCUUACAGAUACCACUUUUUUGGAGAAUCUUCUGAAAACUCUUUCUAAGAUAGAAAAGAGAGGUAUUCAAACAUAAUUAGGAUCUUAAAAACAGUUUGUUCAUACAACAUAGAUUAGUUAAUGCUUAGAUCUUUUGCUAGGGAUUGUCUAUUCGUUAAUACGUGAUUUAACUUUUUUGGCUGAUGAAUUUGAGUCAGUGGCUGUAUUAGAGAAACUUAAGCAAUACACUUAAGAAAGUGACAAACCUGUUGCAAUCAAGCUGAAAAAUAUAUAAAAAGAAAAUUUAUAUGAAAGAAAUCAUGAGAUUCUCCAAUUUAUAUUAAAUAAUUGGCUUAUAAAUUAUGAGUCAGUUUAGUUCGAUAAGAAGUCUAUCAGCAAUAUGGUGAAUUCCAAAUAAGACUUUAUAUCAUUUUCUUCGUUGAUAUCUAUGAUUUUAUAUUCAGUUGCUUACCGUGAUUUUAAGGGUAAGGUAGAGCUAAUCAAUAAGGAAAGCAUCAUAUCAACUUUGACUAAAUAUCUUGAAAAUGAAAAAAGCAUGAACAUAUUAAACUGCAAUGACAAAGGCUCUAAAGACUAUCAAGAAAAGAUAAAGGCUUUAUUCGUUGAUCUUGAUAGCAAUAUAAUAAAAAAUAACUUUUGUGUUUUCCAUAAAGAGCUCUAAGUUUAGCAACUAAAUCAGUUAAGCAAUCAAGUCCAAAUGACUCAAGACACGACAUCGUUUACUUAAUGUAUUUAUUUAUUCUGCAUGCAAUGGUCUAACCACAACAAUGAAGUUAUUCUGCUGCUUAGAUAAAUCUGCUUGCUAAUAGCUGAAGAAAAGCUUUACAGCCAAUUUUAUGAUCCUUUUUAGAAAAUAGUUGAAUAAAUUGAAUAAAAUGGAGAACCUAAGAAAAUCACAGCUCUUUAAGUCCCUGAUAUAAAUUCAGAAAUUAACAAAUUUUCUGAAAAUGUCUGCAUUUCUUUCUUGACUUCUUAUCAUAUUUAAUUCCUCAAAUCUAAUUUUAUAGCAAACUCAUAGACUCCCUUAACUCUUGAAAAGAUGGACAUAAACCUAAGAAGUUCAAUUAUAUAAUGUAUAAUUCAGCUAUUUUUCUUUACAAAUAAUAGUUUAGCAAUGAGUGAAUACAAACAAAUGUGCUUACAAGUUUUUAAGCCCUUCUAGAAGUUAGGAGUAAAAGGCGAAGAAAUCCUCAUUUAACUUGCAGACUUCGAUUAAAAGAAGAAGAAAUUCUCAUUAAAAAAGUAAUACAUGCCAUAUGGUUCAAAUCUUCAUUUAUGGAACCAAAUGAGUGUUUAUUAACAAGAAUUUUUAUCUUACACUAAAAAUUUCAGCUCAGAAGUAACUGGCACAGUGCAAGAUAUAUUGUUUGUCUAAGAAGAUUUUACAUUUAACAAAAUUGUUACAAUUGACAAUCUGACAUAUUAAUUCAAUUACUUGCCAUAAUUUUUAAUUAUAAAUUUCACUAAGUUCAUUGCAUCUGAAAAACUUAUUGAAAAUCUCAAAAGCCUUUUAAUUGGAAUAACAAAUAUCCCAAAGAAUAUCUACUUAUUAACCUUCCUCUAGUAUAUUGUUUACUUCAUUAAAGAAUCCAAGCAUUCUCCUCAGCUAUUUGCAGACAUAGAAUAACAAUAUAAACCAUCUCUCUUCAAACAUUUAUAUGAAAUGUACAUCAAAUCAAACCUCCUCCAAACUUUCUUCUUGAAUAUAAUCUAAGUCAAAGACACUUAAAACAUUCAAGAAGGUACUAAGCUCCUUCUUAAAAUGAUUAAUAAAAUUAUUUAAGAAGAGGAAGGAAUCGUGGAUAACGCACAAAAUGAAAAUUAGGAAUUACCUUUAACAGCUGAAGAAAUUGAGAAAUAAAAGGAAGAAUAGAGAAAGAAGAAGAUUGAAGAAGCUAAAAGAAAACAAUAAGAAAUGUUGCAAAAAUUUGCAUAAUAAAGAAAUAAUUUCUAGCAGAAGCAAGACGGUAAAGAGGAAGAAUAGAAAAAUGAAGUUGUUUCUGAAAAUCUCACACUGCUAAAAAAAUAAAGCGUGGUGAAAGAUUAGGAAAAUGAAGCAGAAUAUUGCAGUAUUUGCUCUGAGUAAAUUGAAAAGAACUCUGAGUUUGGAUAUCCAAUUUACAUUAAAUCAGUAAAUACUUUGAAUUUCCUUAAAUAGGAGAAGAACUCUUCUGACUAGAAUCAAUAGGAUGAUUUUUAUAUUAGUGUUAACUCUUGUGGGCAUUUUUAUCAUUAUACUUGUUGGUAAGACUAUUAAUCUAAGAAUUCUGCCAGAAACGAGAGAAAUGCUCAUUUGUAUAGGAACGAAUCUGAAAUUCCAUGCUCUCUGUGCAAGAGACUUGCCAAUAAUUUCAUUCAAUACAUUCCUGAAAACAUGAGAUAGAAAUAUUCCAGCAAGAAGCUUAACAAAGAUAAUAGUUUAGUUUUUUCUUCUUAGAAAUUAAAGGAUACACUUUAAUAACUCACCUCUUUAUAGAUUGAUCAAGAAGAAAAAAUAAACUAGGAAAAUAUUAAAUUCUUUGAUAGUAUUGAAACUGUGUAGGAAGAAGUCUUAGAAGAAAAUUUAUUGAGGGGAGAAGAAGAAGUGAAAGAGGAUGGCUUGUCUGCUUCUACUACUGGAUAAAUGAACUCUCUUUCUAUGAGCAAAACAUUAAGCAAAUCAAUUAUGUUUACUUAAAAUGACUUUAUUACUAAUGUUUAAGAUUAUUUAACUGUUUUGAGUAUUUCUAAUCCUGAUAUCGAAAAAAUGUCUAUUCAAAAUCUUCAACAAGAAGCUUUCGAAAAGAUAUUCCUAAAACCUUUCCAUCACAUAGAAUUUUCAGAAAUUCAGGAAUUCAUUUAAACUCACUACAAAGUUUACAACAACUUGUUGGAAUACAUGAGAAUGAAUUACACAACUUAGUUCAAACAAAAAAAGAGCAACAAACUUCAAUACUUGUAGAAUUUUAUUUAACAACAAAAGGAAUCUAAUCUACAUGAUUUGUUCUUAAGAGAAAUACUUACUUAUUUUUGUCUCAGCAAUAUCCUUGAUCCUCUCCAUGAUAUCAAUCUUUUCUGUUAAUAUUUUAUUCUCAUUCUUGCAGACUCAAUAAAAAAAGAAAAAAACCUGGAAAAAUUACAAAAUAUUAAUCUUGUGGAAGUGAUUAAAGAUGAUUUCUAAUUACAAAGUCAUAUGGGUAAUCUGAAGCAUUUACUUGAAUAUUUCCUAUCAUUUUUGUGCUUUAGAAAUGUUUUUUCAGUUUAAAAAUUGCAAGAAUAUGAUUUUUGUUUAAUUUCUGACUACUUAGAAUUAUUCAACUUAGUUUUCUAGCCAAUCUUAUCCAAGAAUUAUCAAUUUACUUCAUUUAAGGAUAUCUUAAUUAAUUUUGCUAUAGCUAACUAACAAGAAAUAGAACAAGAUUUCAAUUUUUACACAUCAAAACUGAAGAAGAAUUAAGUUUAAUCAGAUAAAUUUAUCUUAGCUUUGUAAUUACCUGAUAACUUUGAGGAUUUUAAGAGACGUGUUGAUAAGAAAAGGUGUGCUAAAUGUGACAGAAUACCUUUUAGUGAUGAAACUAAUAAAUACACAAUUUUAUUGUAAGGUGUUUCUGUUUGCUUGCUCUGUGGUUAUUCAGUCUGUAAAAAUGUAUGCUAAAAAGACUAUGAAGCUAAAUUAAGUUAAAAAGUAGGUAAUUUGUCUUAGCAUGCUAUUGAUGCUCAUGGAGGUUGUUGUGUAUUCAUAGAUGCUCUUGUAUCAAAUGUAUCUUAUAUCCAUUACCCUAAAAACAUCUUGCAAGAUUCAAUAUAUAGCUCAAAGUAUGGUGAAUUCGUUAAUAAAUCUACUCUUAAUUGGAGCGAAUACUAUCUUGACUCUAAAGCAAAUGAAGCAAUCAGAAAAGCAGUUAUUUACAACUCAGUUCCUGAAACUCUUUUUAAAUAUCUUAAUAGUUACGAAGGAUCGUUUGUAUAUUUUAAAGACUAUUGUGUUUGA